CCCGCAUCGUCCCCGCUCCCCGAGGCCCCGGAGACGAAGCAGAAGCCCGGCGGCGCGCCGUGCAGGCUGCGGCGGGCGGCCAGCGCGCCCCUCACCGCGGAGGGACUACUUUGCCACUCGGCGGCGGGGACUACUUCCUCCCCCGCGGAGGGGUCGGGCGCGGGCGGCGCGCACGGCAUGGCGGCGGCGGCGCGCGCCUGAGGAGAGGGACGCCGGCCCCGGCAGGCCUCGGCGCGGCCUACACGCUUCGCUCGCCCGCUCUCGCCUCGCUGCCCGCGCCUGGCCAUGGCGGAGCCGUCUCCCGCCCGCCGCCCGGUGCCCCUCAUCGAGUCGGAGCUGUACUUCCUCAUCGCGCGGUACCUGUCUGCGGGCCCGUGUCGGAGAGCGGCCCAGGUGCUGGUGCAGGAGCUGGAGCAGUACCAGCUGUUGCCGAAGAGGCUGGACUGGGAGGGCAACGAGCACAGCAGGAGCUACGAGGAAUUGGUCUUAUCCAAUAAACAUGUGGCUCCUGACCAUCUGUUGCAAAUCUGCCAGCGCAUCGGUCCUAUGUUGGAUAAAGAAGUCCCACCCAGUAUUUCAAGAGUCACUUCUUUACUUGGUGCAGGAAGGCAGUCUUUGCUACGUACAGCAAAAGACUGCAGGCACACAGUUUGGAAGGGCUCUGCCUUUGCUGCUCUUCACAGAGGAAGACCCCCGGAAAUGCCGGUCAACUAUGGUUCCCCGCCAAGUCUCGUGGAGAUACAUCGAGGAAAACAACUCACAGGGUGUUCCACUUUUAGCACAGCCUUUCCAGGAACUAUGUAUCAGCAUGUAAAAAUGCACAGGAGGAUUCUUGGCCAUCUGUCUGCUGUUUACUGUGUAGCAUUUGAUAGGACAGGACAUAGAAUCUUCACAGGCUCAGAUGAUUGUUUAGUAAAGAUUUGGUCCACGCAUAAUGGUCGUCUGCUGUCCACGUUACGAGGACAUUCUGCGGAGAUCUCAGAUAUGGCGGUGAACUAUGAAAACACGCUGAUUGCUGCAGGAAGCUGCGAUAAAAUCGUUCGAGUGUGGUGCCUGAGGACUUGUGCGCCGGUUGCUGUGCUUCAGGGGCACACAGGAUCAAUUACGUCUCUGCAGUUUAGUCCAAUGGCCAAAGGCUCUCAAAGGUACAUGGUUUCCACUGGUGCAGAUGGGACAGUUUGCUUUUGGCAGUGGGAUUUAGAGUCCCUGAAAUUCAGUCCACGACCGCUGAAGUUCACUGAGAAGCCCAGGCCGGGCGUUCAGAUGCUUUGUUCUUCUUUUAGUGUUGGUGGUAUGUUCUUAGCAACGGGCAGUACUGAUCAUGUGAUCAGAAUGUACUUUUUGGGUUUUGAAGCACCAGAAAAAAUCGCAGAACUUGAAAGUCACACUGAUAAAGUAGAUAGUAUCCAAUUUUCUAACAGUGGUGAUCGGUUUCUAAGUGGUAGCAGAGAUGGAACAGCACGGAUUUGGAGAUUUGAGCAGCUGGAAUGGAGAAGCAUUUUAUUGGACAUGGCAACCAGAAUCUCGGGGGACUUGUCCUCAGAAGAAGAAAGGUUUAUGAAACCUAAAGUAACAAUGAUAGCUUGGAAUCAGAAUGAUAGCAUUGUUGUCACUGCUGUGAAUGAUCAUGUCCUCAAAGUGUGGAAUUCCUAUACGGGACAGCUUCUCCAUAACUUACUGGGUCAUGCUGAUGAAGUGUUUGUUUUGGAGACACAUCCUUUUGAUCCCAGAAUUAUGUUAUCUGCAGGACAUGAUGGCAGCAUAUUUAUAUGGGAUCUUACGAAAGGCACCAAGAUGAAACAUUAUUUUAAUAUGAUUGAAGGGCAAGGACACGGAGCAGUGUUUGACUGUAAAUUCUCCCAGGAUGGACAGCAUUUUGCUUGUACAGAUUCUCAUGGACACCUUUUAAUAUUUGGUUUUGGAUGCAGCAAACCAUAUGAAAAGAUUCCUGAUCAAAUGUUCUUCCACACUGACUAUCGACCUCUCAUUAGAGAUUCUAAUAAUUAUGUCUUAGAUGAGCAAACUCAGCAGGCCCCUCAUCUUAUGCCUCCGCCAUUCUUAGUGGACGUGGAUGGAAAUCCUCAUCCAACUAAGUACCAGAGAUUGGUACCAGGCCGAGAAAACUCUGCAGAUGAACAGCUGGUUCCUCAGCUCGGAUACGUGGCAACAAGUGAUGGAGAGGUAAUUGAGCAAAUUAUAAGCCUCCAAAGCAAUGAUAAUGGUGAGCGAAGCCCGGAGUCCAGUCUUCUUGAUGGAAUGAUAAGACAGUUGCAGCAACAGCAGGACGAGAGACUGGCUGUGGAUCAGGACGCCAGCACAGGUGGACUUCCAAGUGGGGAGGAAACCCCACGGAGAGGCUUUAGAAGAGUAAGUUUAGAUAUCCAGUCCCCCCCGAAUAUUGGUCUGCGACGUAGUGGACAAGUUGAAGGCGUUCGGCAGAUGCAUCAGAAUGCUCCCAGGAGUCAGAUGGCUACGGAGCGCGACCUGCAAGCCUGGAAGCGAAGAGUGGUUGUACCAGAGGUACCACUAGGCAUAUUUAGGAAGUUGGAAGAUUUUCGGAUAGAGAAAGGAGAGGAGGAAAGGAAUCUGUACAUACUAGGAAGAAAAAGGAAGAGUGUCCAGCUCUCACAGAAGACAGACUCAGUGGUUCCAGUGUCACGGUCAAGACAGAGGACGUGUAGACGUAAAUAUCCAAAUUAUGGACAAAGAAAUCUGCAUGAGUCAUCUUCUGAAAAUGAGUCUUCAGGGUCCGUAAGACAUGAGACUUCCUGUGAUGCGAGUGAAGGUACUUGUUCUUCAGAAGAGGAUGAGUGGAAAAAUGACAGAAAAAGUGACAGCUACAGUGAGAGUUCAAGCGACUCUUCGUCUAGAUACUCUGAUUGGACGGCUGACGCAGGCAUCAACUUGCAGCCUCCUUUGCGAAUGUCCUGCCGUCGACGAGUCACCAGGUUUUGUAGUAGUUCAGAAGAUGAAAUGUCUACUGAGAAUUUAUCACCUCCAAAAAGAAGACGAAAAAGAAAGAAAGAUAGUAAGCCUAAAAAAGAGAAUUUGCGUAGAAUAACUCCAGCAGAACUAGCAAAUAUGGAACAUUUAUGUGAAUUUCAUCCUCCAGUGUGGAUAACUGACACAGCACUUCGAAAGUCUCCUUUUGUUCCUCAGAUGGGGGAUGAGGUGAUCUAUUUUCGACAGGGUCAUGAAGCUUACAUUGAAGCUGUGAGAAGAAGCAAUAUUUAUGAACUAAACCCUAGCAAGGAGCCAUGGAGAAAAAUGGAUCUCCGGGAUCAAGAAUUGGUCAAAAUAGUUGGAAUACGAUAUGAGGUUGGACCACCUACACUUUGUUGCCUCAAACUAGCGUUUAUAGACCCAGCAACUGGGAAACUCAUGGAUAGAGCUUUCUCUAUUAGAUACCACGAUAUGCCAGAUGUGAUUGAUUUCCUGGUAUUGCGUCAGUUUUAUGAUGAAGCAAGACAGAGGAAUUGGCAGUCAUGUGACAGAUUCCGCUCUAUCAUUGACGAUGCUUGGUGGUUUGGGACAGUGUUACGUCAAGAGCCAUACCAGCCACAGUAUCCUGAUAGUCAUUUCCAAUGCUACGUUGUCAGGUGGGACAAUACUGAAAUUGAAAAACUUAGCCCGUGGGAUAUGGAGCCAAUUCCUGAUAAUGUUGAUCCACCCGAAGAGUUAGGAGCCAGUAUUUCUGUCACCUCAGAGGAGCUGGAGAAAUUGCUUUAUAAACCACAGGAUGGUGAAUGGGGACAGAAAUCAAGGGAUGAAGAAUGCGACCGAAUUAUCAGUGGUAUAGAUCAACUUUUGAAUCUUGAUAUAGCAGCAGCAUUUGCAGGUCCUGUGGAUCUGUGCACAUACCCAAAAUACUGCACCGUGGUAGCUUAUCCCACUGAUUUGUACACAAUCCGCAUGAGGCUGGCCAAUCGGUUUUACAGGAGACUAUCGGCAUUAAUUUGGGAAGUCAGAUACAUAGAACAUAAUGCCAGAACCUUUAAUGAACCUGAAAGUGUAAUUGCAAGGUCGGCCAAAAAGAUUACUGAUCAACUUUUAAAAUUUAUCACGAAUCAAGAUUGUACAAAUAUUGCAGAACUUUCUAACGUGUCUGAAAGUGAUGACCAAAAUGCUGAGGAUUUGGAUGACAAUGAUCUUCCUAAAACAUCUUCUGGAAGGAGGGGAGCCCACUACUGGAGAAAAAGGAGGAGCAAAGCUGCAGGCCGUGCUGAGAGCAGUUGGAAGAGACAGUGUAAGGAACUAGUGAACUUGAUUUUUCAGUGUGAAGACUCUGAACCGUUUAGACAGCCUGUGGAUUUGGUUGAAUAUCCAGACUACCGAGAUAUUAUAGAUACUCCAAUGGAUUUUGGAACAGUAAGGGAAACACUAGAAGCUGGAAAUUAUGACAGCCCUAUGGAAUUUUGCAAAGACAUCCGAUUGAUAUUUAGCAAUGCAAAAGCAUAUACACCAAACAAAAGAUCAAAGAUUUACAGUAUGACCUUGAGAUUGUCUGCCUUAUUUGAAGAAAAAAUGAAGAAAAUCUCUUCUGACUUUAAAAUUGGUCAAAAAAUUAGUGAAAAACUUAGAAGAAGCAAGAGAUUCCAGCGACAGCAAAAGCGGAAUAGUGCUAGUCAGGCUAACAACAUUGUCAGAAAUACCAAGCAAAAGCGUGUGAAAUCUCAGACAAAAAUAAUUCCUGAGUUGGUAGGUUCUUCUGCGCAGUCUACCUCAAGUAGGGCGGCUUACUCUGCAACCCCCAAGACAAGCGCUGGUGUUUCUUCAGGGGUUACUUCGGAUGACUCUUCAGGUUCAGCAAGAUCAUCAGAAAGGCCGAGAAGAAAUAGACCUCUAACUCUGAGAAUUGGGUCUUCGUUUUCUGAAAGUGAAGACGAGGAUUCCUUAGCUGUCUCUUCGUCGUCUUCAGCCUCAAGUAGUUCAGAGGAAAGCAGAGCAGAAAGUCCAAGGGCUUGUGCGUCCUUCCGUAGAGGGCUGUCGAGAAUGACCAGAACUAGGGCUGCUCAGAAAAGAGCCGGUCUUGCUUCUGUAGAAAAUGGAUAUUGUCGUAAAGCCACUCGGAAGAGGGUCUAUCUAACUGAUUCUGAUAACAAUUCAUUGGAUAACGGUGAAGUUCUAAACACCAGAGCUGGAAAUAACCGAAAAAUACUGCGGAAGUGCGCUGCUGUGGCUGCCAGUAAGAUCAAGCUCAUGAGCGAUGUGGAAGAGAAUUCUAGCUCGGAAAGUGUCUGUUCUGGGAGGAAGCUGCCACAUCGCAAUGCUUCAGCUGCAGCUAGGAAAAAGUUAUUGCAGAAUUCUGAAGAUGAUCGAAGCGGGAAAUCUGAACUUGAAGAAGAGGAACUACAAGUGGGGCGUCAGCCCUCACCCGUGUUCACAUCUCAUGCUGUCCACAGUGCUGCCAGCAAGUCUGAAAGUGGAGAUUCGGAGUCAGAGAGUGAUCUGCGGGUAGCCCGGAAAAACUGGCAUGCCAAUGGUUACAAGUCUGAUAGUGCACCAACUUGGAAAGCAAAAUUCCUCAAGAUAGAGUCUUCCGAGGACUCAGACGAUGGCAGCAGGACUGCUGGCCCUUCGACUUCAGGGGAGAGACUGCAGGCAGAAAGCGCUUCAGAGGGCGCAGACUCAGAGCCAGGACAGCGUAGUGGUAGGAAAUCUAACUCCAUUCACAGGAGUGUGAAUUUCUCUAAAACAGCAAAGAUCUUGAGUGAUUCGGAAGAGUCUGCACUUGAAGGUCAAGGCAGGGAAGGCAGUCUGUGUCAGCAGGCGGAAGCACUGAGUGAUUCGGAAGGGUCUGAAGGUCAAGGUGGAGAAGGCAGUGAAUGGCAGAAAGGAGAAGCGAGUGCCGUGCCCCGAGGUCUGCGGGGGGACUCUGCUGCUGGGUCCCUGUGCUUCUCAGAUCGGGUGUCUGAGUCUGACUCAGAUUCAGCUGAUGAUAAAACAAAGGAAAGACUCAACAGUUUGAUGAAAGAUUCUACAUGCCAAGACAAUGGACAAAACAGAAAAAUUUCCAGGAAAAGGAUCUGUUCCAGUGACUCCGAGAAUAGUCCAAAGGUGGUUAAGAAGCCAUUACAAGCCAGAACGGGUCUUGUGAGGAUUACUCGAAGAAGUGCCUCUAUGGCUGCCGACAAGAUGAAGCUGCUGAGCAGCAGAGAACAUGUCGGUUCAGAAAAUACACACACUAGAAGCAGAAACGGGAGGAAGAAGCCCCUCCACUUCGCUUGUACCUCCGGUAACAAGGUGCUGAGUGAUUGUGAAGGAGAUGUCAGUUGUGAGGGUGAGCCCUUGGAGCCUGACCCUGAAGCUACUGCCAAAGGCGCUGGGCGGUCUUUAAAUGGCGACUCAGACUCUGAAGGUGGUGUGGGUUCAGCACGCACAAACAGGCACACCAGAAGUCACAGCCCAAGUGCGCCUUCUGCGACCAAGCGUUCCUCUGUCCGGUCUUCAGAAGAUUCACAGAGCCGUGCUCCCAGAGGUGUGACGGGUAGAAAGUUUUCUUCUGCUUCCACUUUGGCACAGAAGACUACUGCAGAGAAUAACUUGGAGGAGGAGCUGAACUACGGGCUGCGCAGGUGGAACAGAAGAAGACUCCGGACCUACGGGAAGGCUCCCUUCAGUAAGACCGAAGUGAUCGGGGAUUCGCAGGCGGUUACAGACAUAGAAGUAAAAAGGAAGAGACUGCAUCCUGAAUUAGAAAAUGUGAAAAUGCAUGAAACAACAGAGAGUUCCAAGUUUGGCCCCGACACGAGUCCCAGAUCCUCUGAUUUGGGGUCUGUCACUGAAUCAGAUGAGGAUUGUACUGAAAAAACAAAAGCCAAAAGGAGGAAAGCUAAAGGAAAAGCAAAAGUAGUUAGAAAAGGUAAAACGUUUACAACUAGCCCGUGUAGAGCUGUGAGACGGCCAAGACAGAGCAAACGUCCUCGACUAGCCGUGGAUGAUAACGACUGGGAGGACUUGGACUGUGCAGAAUCUAAGAGAGUUCUCCGACGUUCAAAAAUAAAGACGAGAAAUCAGGGUAGAAGGACCGUGAGGUACCAUGAUGGGGAUGAUGACAGAAGCUUAGAGAAUGGGCUAGAGUUCAGUGAUUGCACCUUAUGACCUAGAGGGAAAGCCAGUCCAAAGAGGAAAAUGGACGGCAAUUUAUGAUGAAAGCUGGCUGUUGAAAUUAUUUUUUUGUCUUACAAUUCAGGGAAUAUAUUUAUAUUUUUCUAUGAAAAGUUAUGAAUGUGACUAAAUCAUGACUGUUAUUUUUAUUUGCACUUGCUGGUCUUUGUAGCAGCAUUCAGCACAGGUGCCAAAAUAUGCUUCAUUCUGGGGGCAGAUCCACUUUGACAGUGUUUGACUACAUAAAGCAAGCGUUCCGUUGUUAAACACUAGGCAUGCUGGUGAUCAGACGCCAAUGAGCAUUACUUUUGUGGUAGCAAGUGUCAAGCAGCAUUUUAUGAAUUUGCCCAGAAGUGGUAGUUU